AUCGUAUUUCAAAAAUUAAUCACUUAUUAAAAUGUUAUACAAAGCGAUCUGUAUAAGUUUACUUGUACUGAUAAUUGUUGAAUAUGUGAACAAUGACGUGAGCAAGGACGUGAACGUGCACGUUAAUAGUGGCAAUGGUGGACGGGGAGGCAAUGGUGGUCGCAGAACUGGUAGACAGGGUGGUCGUGGUGGUAACAGGGGUCAACGAAAUCGCCAAGAAUUACGUAUACAUAAGCAAUGUGGGCGUGAACGUUAAUACACGUGGCAAUAGUGGACAGGGAGGCACUGGUGGUGGUCGCAGAACUGGUGGACAGGGUGGUCGUAAGCGUGGUGGUAAUGGGGGUCAACGAAAUCGCCAAGGGAGGGGAGGCAGUGGAAAGGGAGGUGGGGGUAGAAUGGAAGGAGAGGUAAAGGUUGUAGUGGUCAGGGAGGUGGUGCCAGUAGUGGCAAUGGAACUGAUAAUAGUGGACAGGGAGGCAGUGGUAUUAAUGGGUGGAGGGAUGAGUGGCGGUGGACAAGGAGGUAACAGAGAGGUAGAGGUGGUGGUGGAAAGGGAGGUGGAAAUGGUGGUCAGGGAAGUCGGAGUGGAAGCAGGAAUGGACGCGGUGGUGGUGGUAGUGGGUUUGGCUAAAUCUAUCAAGGUGACGGACAAAAUGACCAAUGACGUGAGCAAGAACGUGAACGUGCACGUUAAUAGUGGCAAUGGGGGAAAGGGAGGCAAUGGUGGUCGCAGAACUGGUAGACAGGGUGGUCGUGGUGGUAACAGGGGUCAGCGAAAUCGCCAAGAUAUAUCAACAUUUUAUGUACUCUAA